GCGUCAUCACCUCACCAGAGACGGCGUAGCUAACGUUAGUUAGCAUAAACAGCUAGCAGUAGCUGUGGUUCUUCUCUUCUGUGGGUUUCGCAGCCCACCGAGACAAAUCCGUCAGAGACUAUUUCACGCCAGCGAACGCAUCCAGCCACGAUUUAGGUCUUCUAUUCUGAAGGUCACAUUUCAUCUGGUACAGUAACACUGUAGCACUACCGGCAGUCGAGCGACCAAAGAAAAUUAUGUGCUGCAGCUGAAGAUGGGUGGUAGCGGCUCCAAAUCCAAAGGAUUUUGGCCUUUUUCUGGCUCCGGUAGUACGGACGAUCCAAUUAGAGAUGGAAACCAGCAGCCCAUGGCGAAAGUUCGAAGUUUCCCAACUGCAACCCCUUUUGUGUUAACUAGAAAAAGCUCUAUGUACUUUGAUGAAGACGGCGACUUGGCCCACGAGUUUUAUGAAGAGGCAAUUGUGACAAAAAAUGGACGCAAAAAGGCCAAGCUGAAGAGGAUCCAAAAAAACCUAACACCUCAGGGAAUCAUAAAGCUGGAGAUCCCUUGCAUCCAUGUAGAUUUCCCAGUUGUCCUGUGUGAAGCCUGAUGUCGUCUGAGCAGUGCCUCCGAGUAACCACCGUGUCAACUCCGUCCUGUGGUUUCCCCUACAGCUGGAAGCCUGAACCACCUUUUAAAAUUAAAAUGAUCUCUUGAUAUAUUUGAUGCCCUUAUGUGGACAGGCUAAUGCGACGUGUGCUGAGCCUCUGCAUGUGAUCUGUUUUGGCUUGUGUGCAGUUAGUCACAGAAUAGGUCACCAAUGGAGAGCCACAAAGGUGCAAAGAUGGCAAAACCUACUGUGUUUACAGGUCGUGGUUCGUGUGCAUGCAAGUGUGAAUGUGUGUGCAGACACGGGAUGAAGAAUGACAGAGUUCUGACUUUAUUGCUGCAGAUUAUUGUCUGGUAUGAUUCAUUGAACUCUGGGAGUUUGUGGAGAAGGUAGCCAAUUCUUCCCUCUGUCACCAUCAUAUCUAGAGCGAGAGUUUUAUGUGCACACUUUAGUUUUUUGACACGGUCAUGAGUUGCUUUAUUAUGCAUGGAAAAGGAUCUGCUUAUCUGUAAUAGCCUACGGAGAUGACAAUCAGUAGCCCACCAAAUCUCAACUGGAUUAAUGUCAUAAUGUUGGACGGACUGGCUUCAAUGACAUCCGGAGAUGGUCUGAUAGUGGUCACAUGUAGACCGCAGCAGUGAGUCUAGUAAGAGAUCCUUUUUGCAUUUCCUGCUCUGUCGUACCAUCUUUCACUUUUAAUUUAUUCUAACUGUUUUUUUUAAUAACAAUAUCAAAUGUU